GUGGAAGCUUCACUAAUUCUAUAACUCCAUUAAAUAAAAUCUUUAAUCCACGUGGAAAAAUCUUUAAUCCAACGUACUUGACGAAGAGAAAACAGUACCACCAACGGAUAGCGAAUCCGAAACUGAAUCAAUUCCCUUUUGCAAAAGAGAUGAUGGAAUCAAAAAUAAUCAACAACAAUGGCUACUAACGGGAAAACCCUAACCCUAGAUUCCAUCAACAAAAAUCAACUAUGGACCUUUUCUCAUGCAAUUGGAAGCCAUUGUUACCUCUUCUCCUCUUCGCCUUCCUUUUCGUCUACGAAGCAUGGGUCUCCGUUCCUUCCUGCACCGUGGUACCUGCAAGUUCACAACAAAACGACGUUAUAGCAGUGAAAAACCCGGGAGAGGAUUUGAAAGUAAUGAUGGUCGCUAAUUUGUUACUUUUAGGGUCCAAAGCUAGUUUCUUUGACCAGUAUUUUAGAGAUUAUUACAUGUCCAAGUUCUUCAGGAAAUCUUUUCACAGUUUGAAGCCCGAUAUGCUGCUAGUAUUGGGAGAUCUUUCAGCUAAAGGAUUUGAGUUGACAAAAACUAAAUGGGUAUCUAUUUUACAUCAGUUUCAUGGAAUUUUGGGACCAUUUCUUGAGCUACCUUUUCAUGUUGUUCUUGGUGAUAGAGACAUUGGGGAAUGUAGUAAGCUUGAUUCAAGGUCUGUUCAUUGGAUAUCUAGGAGUUUUCCUGGUUUAGAUUCAUCUGGUUGUGGUGGUUUUGAGAUUAGUAAUGUUAGUUUUGUUUCACUUAAUUCUGUUGCAUUGCUUUGUGGAAACAAUAAGUUACGGUUUAGUGUUGAAAGGACCAUAGAGACAGAGAGUCUAGAUCUUAGAAUGGAAAUGGAAGGCGCAUCAAAAGUGAUGGAUGAUUGUGGAAAUCUUAGGGAAUUGCCUGAUAGCUUUAGGUGGAGAGAGAAUACAAUGUCGUCUGGAUCAGGCCCCGUUCUGUUAGUUCAUUUCCCCUUACACCGGAUAGCAAAUGACAGUUGUAUGGGAGGCAACGGUUUUGAGAAAGCUACUAGCUCUUUUCUACAUGCCUCAAAUGCACUAGAGCACAGGGGAUUCGCUGGUAGUGGACCCUAUGAUUUAUUGCAUACUGUUCCACCAAAUUCUACUGAUUAUAUUUUUCAAGCUCUCAGACCAAGGAUCAUUUUCAGUGCACACAGCUAUGAAUUUUGUGAUCACACUCACUCAGAUGGGACACGUGAGGUGACUGUUCCUGCAAUGACAUGGAAAGCGAGGGAUGACCCUGGUUUUGUUAUUGCCACUUUCCAUGGUGAAGAAAGAGCUGUAAGUGUCAGCUACUGCUCACUUGUUAGAGAAUCUCAUGUUCUAAUAGUGUAUACUUGUUUUCUGAUUCUCUUACUAACGAUGCAGCUUAUGGCAAAUACACCUCAGCUUAGAUGUUUUAGAUGAUGGGGGAAUACCUGUCACUUGUUGUACAUUAUUCAGGUUGUGAAUUUGUAUCAGUUACUGUGAUAAAGUAUUCUUUCUUUAUAAAUAGUGAAAUAGCUUACACUUGUAAAGACUUAUCUGACAACCCAGUGAUAGUUGAGGAGGAUAGAAAGGGGACAUUGAUUCCCUGAGUCUCUUUACCUAUUUCCAGUAGAUUGUAGUCUAAACUAUGAAAAAGAAAAUAUCUGAUUACAUUAAUGAGAGAAGGGCUGUUCUCACUGAA